AAUAUAUAUAUCUCAAUUUGUUUUGCAUACAGAGAGAGGGAGAGAGAAAUAUAAAAUAAAAAAAAGGCGCGACGCACCACCACCACCACCUUAAAACGAAGGCCACGGUUCUUAAUUCCCUCUCCCUCUCUCUCUCUCUCAGCCAAUGUCAACCGUUGGCACCACUACGACCGCCUCCUGCACCGGCAGCCCACGACACCUCGGCCCCACCACCCACCGUCGCCGCGUGCCAGACUUCGCCGACGCCGAACGGGGUUCAGAUUGUUCGUCCCUGAACGACCUCGAAUACGACCAUUACUUCUUGUUGCUGCCGAAGAAGGGCACGAAGAUGGGCGACUCGGUGAUCCGCGAGUGCACGGUGGCGCAGUGCCUGGUCACGGGGAGGAGGCUGGGCCGUCCGAUUUUCGCGGCGCUGAUGCUGGUGGUGGUGCUUUCCGCGAUGUUUAAGGUUUUUUUAAUGGUGGGUUGUGAUAGGGUGGAGAGGAGAGAGAAUUGGGGGAGGAGAGAGAAUAGUGGAAUGCUGAUCCUCCAGACGUUUAGGGACGAGUUGGAUAUGGCCCAGAGGGUUGUCAACGAAAUCGAGGCAAUAUCUGGUUCUGUUAUGCCCAAGCGGGUAUUGGAAAAUAACCCAACACCGGAAAUCUGGACGAAACCAAACAGCGAUAGCUAUUAUCAGUGCGUUUCUCGGCCGAAGAAUCGAAUAAGGACGCCGGGUUCUGCAACCAAUGGCUAUAUUUUAGUCCACGCCAACGGUGGAUUGAAUCAAAUGAGAACCGGGAUAUGUGAUAUGGUUGCUGUUGCAAAGAUCAUGAAUGCCACAUUGGUUCUUCCUUCUCUUGAUCAUGACUCUUUCUGGACAGACACAAGUGAUUUUAAGGAUAUUUUCGAUUGGAAGCACUUCAUUGAAGUUCUAAGAGAAGAUAUCGAAGUAGUCGAGUCUUUGCCGCCUAGCCACGCUGCAAUCAAGCCCUUUCCUAAGGCCCCAAUUUCGUGGUCGAAGGCUAGUUACUAUAGAGAAGAUAUGGUUAGGUUGUUGGAACAGCACAAGGUGAUCAAGUUCACUCACUCCGAUUCACGACUGACUAAUAACAACCUCGCGCCUUCCAUACAGAGGCUCAGGUGCCGGGCCAAUUACGAUGCUCUUCGGUACACACCAGAGAUUGAGGAGCUCGGGCACAAGUUGGUUGAUAGACUCAGGAAUGAUAGUGAGCCAUAUGUUGCCCUCCACUUAAGAUAUGAGAAAGAUAUGCUUGCAUUCACGGGUUGCAGUAACAAUCUCACCGCCUCAGAGGACGAGGAGCUUCGUACUAUGAGGUACAGCGUAAAGCAUUGGAAGGAAAAGGAGAUAGACAGCAAAGAACGACGAAUCCAAGGAGGAUGCCCUAUGUCCCCAAGGGAGGCAGCCUUACUCCUCAAGGCCAUGGGGUAUCCGUCGUCUACAACAAUAUACAUAGUCGCAGGGGAAAUUUACGGUAGUAAUAGCAUGGAUGCGUUCCGUUCGGAGUACCCAAAUGUUUUCUCCCAUUCCACACUUGCAACUGAAGAAGAGCUUGAGCCGUUUAAGCAGUACCAGAAUCGGCUUGCUGCCUUGGAUUACAUCGUAGCAGUAGAAAGUGAUGUUUUUCUUUAUACAUACGAUGGGAACAUGGCUAAGGCGGUUCAAGGGCAUCGGAGGUUUGAAGGAUUCCGAAAGACUAUAAAACCUGACAGACAACUUUUCGUUGGAUUGAUUGAUCAGCUGGAUGAGGGUACUGUGUCUUGGGAAGAAUUCUCCUCAGAGGUUAAGAAGUUGCACUCGGACAGGCUUGGAGCACCGUAUCCUAGAUUGCCAGGGGAAUCGCCAAAGCAAGAGGAGAAUUUUUACGCCAACCCUUUUCCGGGUUGUGUCUGCAAUAAACCUCAGUACAAGAUCAGCGACCCUAGACCGAGACGGAGAUCAAGUCUAAAAUCUUCUUCAAAAAGAUAGUGAAAUUUCCUACUUUUCGUCCCCGGUCAAGUGUGGAUGAAGUGCAUUGCUUCAAGUGCUUGUAAAACAUGGGAACAGGUUUUUCACCAUUCAAGGAGAUGAUGGCAACCAAUCAGGGCGGGCCCAACGAUGGCGUCUCAGGAUUGAUGUGAUUUUUUCGGAUGCAAGUUUCAAUUUUGAUGUAGAUAUGGGAAAGGGUAAAGAAGGUUAUAGAUGAUUGAUAUCGCAAACAGAACAGAUACAUGGCACAGUGACAUUCUCCCUGUUAUGUGGAGUUAGUUUUUUUUCUU